AUGGAUCCAGCAGUCCAACGGUUGCUCACUGACAAGCUCUAUGAUAAGAGAAAGCAAGGGGCUCUUGAGCUUGAGCGGUUUAUCAGAGAGGCCAGUGCGGCCAAAGAGCAUGACAAGAUCCGGAAGACGAUUGACCAACUCUGCCAUGACUAUGCCUACGCCGUUCAUCUACCACACGCCCGCAAUGGUGGACUCAUCGGUCUUGCAGCUGCGGCAAUUGCCUUGGGAUCUGAUGAGGUAGCACGCUACCUGUCCGAAAUAGUACCUCCAGUCCUGGCCUGCUUCACCGAUCAGGAUGCUCGCGUGCGGUACUACGCUUGUGAGGCAAUGUACAACAUCGCCAAAGUCGCAAAGGGAGAGAUCUUGGUCUUCUUCAAUGACAUCUUCGACGCGCUAUGCAAGCUCGCUGCCGACUCAGAACUGUCGGUGAAGAACGGUGCUGAGCUCUUGGACCGUCUGAUCAAGGACAUUGUUUCUGAGUCCGCGGCCUCUUAUGUUUCUGUGUUGAAUUUCAACGACGAGGGAGAACCAGUCGAACCUGACAAGGACAGCACCGAUCUUCCCACCACGUUUUCUCUUGCAAGAUUCAUCCCUCUUCUCGAAGAGCGCAUCCACGUCCUCAACCCGUUCACCCGAACCUUUUUGGUCUCGUGGCUUACACUUCUUGAUACCAUUCCGGACUUGGAGCUUGUACACUAUUUACCAGCAUUUCUCGGUGGGCUUUUCAAAUUCCUCGGCGACCCGAAUCGCGAUGUGUAUGUCGCGACACAAGGAUUGCUCGAACGCUUUCUCAGCGAGAUUAAGAAGAUCGCCAAGGUCAAGAAGGAUAUCGCAGAAAGUCGCAGGAGUCGCGCGGGCAAGCGGAGGCCGGCCUCGGUCGCAGACAGUACCACUGCAGGUGGCAGUCAAUCAAAUGAGAAUGCCAUCGAUGACUCAGAAUCAGGGACAGCGCUAGAAGAACCCAAUGAGCCCGCGGAGAGCGAUGGUGACUGGAUACCAGGCCAGGAUGCCCAAGUGGACCACGCACAAAUCCUCGACAUCUUGCUGAAAUUCGUGGACGUCUCCAAUAAAGAAGAGAUUGGAAUAGUUGCCCUGCGAUGGAUUGACAGCUUUUUCGAGAUCAGCCCGGAAGAGAUUCUCCAGUUCGUGCCUCGUCUGCUGUCACGGGUUCUACCGGCCCUGUCUGCACAAUCAGAGCAAGUCCGGACUACUGCCAGCAAGGUCAAUAGGUCGCUGAUGGAUUAUAUCCUUACUUUUCAGGAUCAGGACGAUGUUCCUCGAGACGAUCAGAGCGCCUUAGCACCCAGCGACCUCACCCGGGCAACCACUCGAGAUGGAGAAGGCUCUGACAAGAGGCAGUCAGGCGGGACCACCAAAAGUCCACCAUCUCAAGCCGAAGGUAAAAGCGAGAUUUCUCCUGAAUCGUCCGCUGAGCAAGAACCGUCGCCCCCAGAGGUCACUCCGAGGUCCACGGCGGCACCGUCGCCGCAACCUAUGGCUGAUCUAGAUUAUGCCGCCGCAGUCAAUGCUUUGACACUUCAAUUCCUGAACGAACACGAGGAGACACGAGAGGCCGCCUUGACAUGGUUGAUUAUGCUACACCGUAAGGCUCCCAAGAAAGUCCUUGCUUUCAACGACGGGACAUUUCCAGCCUUGCUCAAAACGCUCUCCGACCCUGCCGAAGCCGUUGUCACACGCGAUCUUCAGCUCCUCUCCCAGAUUUCCAAGCACAGUGAAGACGGUUAUUUUACUUCCUUUAUGGUGGCUCUGCUUCAGCUAUUCUCGACCGACCGCAAGUUGCUGGAGAUCCGAGGGAACCUGAUUAUUCGUCAGCUAUGCAUCAAUCUACAGCCCGAGCGCAUAUACAGGACGCUAGCGGAUUGCAUUGAAAAGGACGAAGACAUUGAGUUUGCGAGCAUAAUGGUUCAAAAUCUCAACAACAAUCUCAUUACUGCACCUGAACUGGCCGAGCUACGAAAACGACUUCGAAGCCCGGACAGCAGAGAAGGACAGAUGUUCUUCGUGGCUCUUUUCCGUGCUUGGUGCCACAAUGCCGUCGCCACAUUCUCCUUGUGUCUUCUGGCACAGGCAUACGAACAAGCGUACAAUCUGUUGCAGAUCUUCGCGGAUCUGGAAAUGACGGUCAACAUGCUCAUACAGAUUGACAAGUUGGUGCAGCUGCUCGAAAGUCCUGUCUUUACAUACCUGCGCCUGCAGCUCCUCGAACCCGACCGCUAUCCCUACCUCUACAAGUGUCUUUACGGCCUGCUCAUGCUGCUUCCCCAAUCCUCUGCCUUUGGGGCGCUGAAGAACCGUCUUAACAGCGUGUCAGCAAUCGGCCUGUUGCAUACUCCAGCUUCAGCGCCGACCCCGAGACCAUCGGUGGUGGGCGGCAUGUCUGCUUCGGCCCUGCCCGCAACCACCACCGGUGCCCUGAACAGCACGGUGAGCUCACGCCUCCGAACCCGCGACGCUGCCUCCGCCACAGCUAGCGAUCUGAAAUGGCCCGAACUGCUCGAAAAAUUCAAACAGACUCAAGAACGCGCAAGGCGGAGAAACGAGAGACUUCUCCGUGGAGACAUUGAUCCCGAGACCCCUGCCUCGGCCCCCGUAGAGAACGGAGGGCGAACCAGUCGCGCCAGCCUCCGUUCUGCCGGUGCUGGAGAAGGAGAAGUCUUGCGCGCGGGGAAUAGAUUGCAAAGUGGCCUUGGGAGAUCCCUGGCGCCCGGCGCGGGAUCAACUCUGAUGAAGGCGGGCAGUGGCUUGACCGUGGGCGGAUCCAGUGGCGGAGCAGGCGCUGCCGGCCCGCUUGCAAAGACGGUCGCGGGCGCAGACGAUAGAUCAGGUCCGCACAAGAGGGGCCAUAGUCUUGCGGGCUUUGGCAAGUUUGCCAGUGGGAUUGCCAGGGCUGGAGGGAGUAGGGAUCGGGACAAGAAGAAAUAG